ACAAUCUCCAGAGAUGUUCUGCAGAUAUUUUUCCUUCUUCAGUCUGUGUCUUUUCCUUCCAACCCAAAGGAGGUGCUCCCUGGGUCACGUAUCCAGCUUGCACAGCAGCGACACAACAUCCCUUCCUGGAUUUGAGAACCUCACCAUGGGAUACAACAAAUACCUCCGGCCCUACUUUGGUGGAGAACCUGUUCAAAUUGCAAUGAGUCUGGACAUUGCAAGUAUUUCCAGUAUAUCCGAGAGCAACAUGGAUUACACAGCUACCAUAUCCCUGCGGCAGCGCUGGACAGACCCCCGGCUGGUCUUCCACGGCAACAGGAGCUUCACGCUGGAUGCUCGCCUGGCGGAGCUGCUCUGGGUGCCAGACACCUACAUCGUGGAGUCCAAAAGGUCCUUCCUGCACGACGUCACCGUGGGCAACCGUCUCAUCAGGCUGUUCUCUAAUGGCACCAUCUUGUAUGCCUUGAGAAUCACUACUACUGUUGCCUGUAACAUGGACCUGUCAAAAUAUCCUAUGGACACACAAACAUGCAGACUGCAGCUGGAAAGCUGGGGCUAUGAUGAAAACGAUGUCACCUUCACAUGGCUGAGAGGAAAUGACUCUGUCCAUGGCAUGGAGCAGCUGCGGCUCUCCCAGUACACGGUGGAGCGUUACUACACCCUGGUCUCCAAGUCACAGCAGGAGACAGGCAGUUACCCACGUCUGAUAUUACAGUUUGAGCUAAGAAGAAAUGUACUUUACUUCAUUUUGGAGACCUAUGUGCCCUCCACUCUGCUUGUCAUGUUGUCCUGGGUUUCUUUUUGGAUCACAUUGGACUCAGUGCCUGCAAGAACCUGCAUUGGAGUUACAACAGUGCUUUCCAUGACAACUCUGAUGAUCGGCUCACGAAGUUCACUUUCAAAAACCAACUGUUUCAUUAAGGCCAUUGAUGUUUAUCUUGGCAUCUGCUUCAGCUUCAUCUUUGGUGCCCUUGUGGAAUAUGCAGUGGCUCACUACAGCUCAUCACAAAAGUGUGCACCUAAAGUACCUCAAGAGGGGCCAGCAAAUAAGAUCACUAAAGAAAUGGAAGAUGUCAACAUCACUAAUAUCCUCAACAAUUCCAUCACCAGCUAUAAACAGAAAAUCAGCUUCACAAGCAUUGAAAUUUCCAGUGAUAAUGUUAACUGCAGUGAUUUGACUAUGAAAAGCCAUGAGAAAAUCAAAUGUGUCUUGAGAAACAAAAUGCACAGGAUUAUUGGUUAUUUCACAAUUCAGAACCCUGGCAAUGUGGACCACUACUCCAAAUUGCUUUUCCCUUUGUUUUUCAUGCUGGUCAAUGUGUUUUAUUGGGCUUAUUAUCUAUAUUUUUAGUAGAAGUUAGUUGCUUCAUCCUCCUACUUCAGCAGGAAAGGAAUUGAGCCAAUGGGUAUCCAGGUAUCUAACAUCGGUGAAUUCAAUGUGGACAAAAUGCUUGUGUCCUCAGGUACCCAGCAGAAGAGUGUGUGAGGUGUGCAAGAUGCAACACUGACUGGACAGCAGCCUGUUCAGCUGAGUGGCUGUGCUGGGCCCUGUCACUCGUACCUGUGUUUCCUUUCAGCAUCUCACCUGCUGGAGAUGGGUGUGCAGGACUGCACGGAGCAGAGCACUGCAGGUGGCAAAAUUGUUUUGGUAGCCUGGAGCAGGUUAGAACCUUCAAGUUUAGAUCUCCAAGAGAGUGUAUAGGAUUAUACAAACAAAAACAAAGCUGUUAUUCUUUGUUUGCCAGAGAUAACAGAGGGACUGUGAUUGCUUCCUCAGUAGCUGCUCUGUUGCAGUGGGAGA